GAGAGACAGCUGGCGCAAAAUGAAUCCAACCAAAUAUUUUGCAAUGGACAGCACCUUCAUAAUGUCAAAUUAACAAACUAAAUCGAAAAUUAAGGCCCAGAUCUUGGUUGUCGAUGUGAGAAGCUAUGUCGUCGAGGGUGAAGUUGCGAGCAUCGACUGAUAUUUGUGCCGAUUGCAGUGCCCCAGGUCCAGAAUGGGCGUCGUUAAAUCGGUGUGUGUUGAUCUGCGACGAGUGCUGUAGCGUUCACAGAAGCCUUGGACGUCAUGUUUCCCAAGUCAAACAUUUACGGCACUCUGUAUGGCAUCCCAACCUUUUGACGAUGGUGAUACAGUUGGUCAAUAAUGGAGCUAAUGCCAUAUGGGAACAUAACUAUGCACCUCCUUCCCUGGACCAUGGACAAAACAGAGGCGGAAUWAGGAAACCAAACCCUAAAGAUAAUGUCCACCCUACAAAAUCCAACUUCAUCAAAGCAAAAUACCAAUCUCUACAAUUUGUCCAUCGRCUCCCAAGCAAAGACGAUGAUGCCACAACAGUGGAUUAUACCCUACAACUUCAUUCAUGUGUGAGGACAUCUAACUUGGAAACAAGCCUCAGAUUGCUGUCCAAUGGAGCGCAGCCCAACUACAUUCACCCUGAAAAAGGCAACACACCACUUCACAUAGCAACAAGUGCUGGUCAAGCCCUGCAAGUGGAGUUGCUGGUCGUACAUGGAGCUGACCCUACAGUCUUAGACAUGAAUGGAAAAUCGCUCAUGGAUUAUGCCUUAGAGGCAGGUCAUAGGGAUUUAGCACAAAGACUCUUUGAGAUGCAGUACGUGCUGACUGAUCGACUUGCUUUUUACUUAUGUGGAAGAAAACCAGACCAUUCAGCAGGAAUAAGAUACCUCAUUCCCACAAUGGCUGACAGCUGCUUAGAUUUAUCRCAGGAUGCACAGAAAGCAAAACUUAAAUUAAAAGCAUUAAGUAAUCAUUUAUUUGAAGAGCUAGCUGCUGAUGUUUACGAUGAAGUUGAUAGGAGAGAAUGUGAUGCCAUUUGGCUUGCRAAUCAGAAUCAUAGUGCACUUGUAAAUGACACUACAACAGUUCCCUUCCUACCAGUAAAUCCAGCRUUUACUUCCACUAGGAAUCAGGGAAGGCAAAAACUUGCUUUAUUUAAUGCUCAAGAAUUAGCCACUCUUAUCCUGGAUGUUUUAAAUGAUGCAAGAAGGCGAGAACAAGAUUCCAACCCAGAUCUUGCUCAUGCUGGAAUCGUAGAUUCUACCAUGUUUCCAAUUGAGGAAGAUCGCCACAUGUCACAUGAUUAUGAUGAAGUAGCGUCAGAUGAUGAAACUGCAGCUCAAAAUGAUCAAAUAUUGAGAGCACAAAAAAGAUCAACAGAAAAGAGUACAUCUACUAGCUUCGUUUUAGAAGACACAAUCCCAAUGGAAAAUUACCUCGAAUUAAAGCGUGUUUUAGCAUCUGCAGAGGCACGUAUACAGCAGUUACUACAAGUGAAUGCAUCGAUGAGUCAAGGAAUCCAAGAACUUCAGGCAGUGGUACAGAGUUUACGAAGGGACAAAUACAACCUACAAAAACAGUUAGGAUUAGACGAUAAGUCGUUGGAAGAUAACGUGUUUUCCUUUGAUACUGGCCAUGAAUAUAUAAAUGCAGACAUUCUACGAACAAUGACAAACACAAACACAGCAGAUGACGACGAUGAUGAAGAYCACGUGGAUAUCAAUGAUAUUACCCCGUACGCAUGCCCAGGGGAACUAAUGAAGAAAAAGGGUCAGGGACAUAAUCUACCAGUAGGAACGAGCCACUCUCCUAACGAUUCCAAGGGGAAAAAGGUGAACCCAUAUGAUAACGUCCCUGAUGAGGAACCAGAGAAGAGCGAAGACGAAAGACCAUUCGUGCACAAUGAUAAAAAUGGGCUUUCUGACAACCAAAUCGACGAGGAGGCGGAACGCGUUCUUAGCGAGGCAGAGGGGAUCGUACAAGCCGCCGCUCGAGAAUUUGAACCUUCACAAGAAGAUGUCGUACGUUGUACCGAACAAAUCACGAAGAAAAUCCAAGAAUUAUUGCUUGCCGCACAAGCAGGAAGACAUAGCUCCUUUAUUCCGUGCUCCAAUAAAAUCAACUCGGCUGUUAAUGACAUGGCGACYUUAUUCCCAGAGAACCCUGAUGCGGAUGCUGUUCGAGUCUCCCUUCAACUAAUGGCAAACAGUGCAUCGCGCCUAUCAGUAGAAUGCAAGAGUGCUGUACUUCCAGGAAAUACAGUAGACAUGGCGUUCCUGACACAACARGUCAUACAGUGUGCUUACGAUAUUGCUAAGGCAGCCAAACAGUUAGUAACGACAUUCUCUGUAGAGUAAAAGCUUAUAUUCCUUUCAAGGGAACAAGAACAAAGCCAUAUAACUAUAAAGAUACGUUAAGUAUUCGUAAUAUUAGAUGGUUUUUUUAUAUUCACACGCGCGUCUCUGUGGAGCCGUGUAAAGGCAGAAAAGUCACAUUAUUUUAGUGCCAAUGAACUUCAACCAUUUCAAAAUCAAACAAUUACAAAAAUGAUGCGACUUACAMAAAACCAUGGUGAACUCAAGCAGGCAUUUAUGUUGUAUAACGCAAAUAUUUAGACAACGUUUUAAAAAAAGUCUGAAAAUAUCAACAAUGUCUUAUUCUUAUUGUUGAUUUUAGCAGUAUUAUUGCAAAACGCUGUAUUUCGUCUUGUACAUUGCAAAGGUAUAAAKGUCUUACAUCAGAAGUUUUUUCAGCUUCAUCUGGUUGACUGGUGACAUUUAAAGGCUUUCGCCAUAUAGAUUAUGUUAGUUAGUAGACUGUUUUGUCCYGCACCAGAUAGAAGUGCAUUCUAACGCGAUGUUAAGGCCCCAUAUAAUAUCCUGUACAUAUGUCAUCGAAGAAACGUGUAUGUUGAAGUCACGAAGCAUUGAUAACAUGAGAAUAUCGGUAAAGUUAGACUUACUAGGGGUAGRGUUUGCCUCCAUUUUGAACUAGGAUACUAUCUUUUGUCACCCCUACGCAAUUAAGUGAUCUAUAUAGGGUUGAUUUUAUUAUGAUACUGCUAUGGUAGUAGUAGUAAUAUAUAUUUAAUUARAUAAAAUAUGAAUUAAUAAGUAAUGAUUACUAAUAAAGAUAUAAACGAAGCAAUAACGAUAAGUGAUGAACGACGUCAUGAUAUGAAAAUAUCUCCUUAUCCGACACCCAUGUUAUCAAUGUUUUUUCGCAUUGGUGUUUGUCAACGAGGGGUUACCUACGUAGCACGCAGUUGAUGUAAUUGUAUUCAUAAAAUGUAUUGUAUUCCAUUGUUUCUCGUGCUAUUGUAUUAUGUGUUUUGUAUUAUAUCUUUAUGAAUAUAUUACAUCAACUGAGUGCUACGUAGAUUCUCCCUUGUCAACGACUCGUGAGAUUCAAUUAGAACAACUAUCUCGUACCCAGCGCCUCUGUCCCUCUUACUGCGCAAGCUUGACGAAAAAAGUUAUUUGUCGCAGACCAAAAGUUAYGCGGGCUUUGGGUACGAGAUUGGGUCAACAAUCUUUAGGUUUUAUUUAGUUAGUGAUCUUUAGGAAGGUAUCGGCCGACGUAAGUAGUACAUUUAUUUGAAUUCUUUUGACUUGAAGGUUGUGUUUUAUCUUGGCCGACCCUCGCUCAAGGGUCUUUUCGCAAGGUAUUAGGGGAAGACAACUUUGUCUGCCUCCCCAUGAAACAUUGUGACUUAAUUGUUACGAUUUAACAUAGGCGAUCUAUCUGUCGUCCUAUUAAAGGCAUGAUGCCCUCCAUGUGAAUAACAGAAGAGAAACUAGUCAUAGAGAAAUAAGAAUCCUAAAUUUUACGAUUAUUUUGAAUGAAAUUCUGUAUAAACAAAUUGUAAAGGUUAAAGAAAAUAUGUUGUGUUGUAAAAUCUGGCAUAGGUUGGUAGAUUUUUACUAAAACGUCACUUCUCUGUAUGGAGUGCAAUUUGUGGCCUUUUUGAGGUGGCUGUCUUAUUGUGAAGACCUACGGAAGAGUAUUUAAAUGGCUAAGAAUGGAUCUUCAAAAGUCGUCUUAACUUUAAGGGAAAUACAAGGAAAGUUACUAUAUUUUUUAUUCUUUUUUAACAUUCUUGCCCAUGAAAGAAAUGUAGGCUCUCAAAUCGGCCGCAAAAAAACUGAUUUUUAACCAAGCCUUUGGAAUGAAUCUUACUCAAGCAACUGGUUUUGCUGUUUUGUCAUGUUUAGCCAUUAAUUAUAAAAUAUUCUCAUAUAUAUUCUACAAAAUAUUCAUAGAAAUAAACAUUUUAAGUUGAAAUUAUGACUUGUGCAUUUGAUUGUUCUUCGAAUUCUCAGAAUCUCUGGGAAUCUACACUUGUCAAUUAAACAAAUUAAAAACACUUUUUUAAUUAAAAAGCACUAUAAAUGUAUUACAAACUCUGCAGUACGCUAUCUUUUUAAAGCUUUCAAGUUGAAUUCUUUCAUAAUAGAACCCACCAAACUGUGGUGGACUACCGUAUCACAAAUUUAGCAUUCUGGCUUAAUGGUGAUAAAAUAAAACAAUAAACUUUAAACUUUCGGUUAAAAAAAAGAAAAAGAAAUAAAGAAUUUUUCAGGCGUGCUCGAGUCGAGGAUUGAACCUUGGAACUGAGAUCCUGGGUCCUAGGUCCCUUAGAUUGUAUUCGCAUUAUCCUGCAUUUUAGAAACAAACAAAAAAAAAGAACAAGUAUAUUUUAAAGUUAAAAAAAAGAAAGAAAAAAA